AUGGAAACGCAGCGACAGGCCACACUCAACGCGGCCCGACAAGCCGGUUUCCGCAAUGUCAGCCUGCUAAACGAGCCCACCGCAGCGGCCAUUGCGUAUGGCGGAGUGAUUGAUCAGCAGUGCACCGUUAUGGUUUUCGAUUUCGGUGGUGGAACCCUGGACAUUACGAUUAUGAAGGUUGAGGGUCGCGAGGAGUACCGCAUGCUGACCACGGAUGGGAACAUGUAUUUGGGUGGUGAGGAUUUUGACAACGAAAUUGUCCAGUAUUUUCUGGAGGAUAUCGAAAAGAAGACCGGGCACAAUCUGUCUGAGGAUAAUAAAGCCCGUGCACUGCUCAAACUGGUGGCGGAACAGGCAAAGAUUGCCUUGUCUAACGAUAUUCCGCGAUACCAUGAAACGGUUUAUUCGCUGGAAGCUCUUUUCGGCAUACAGUACGAGGCCGAGUUGACGAAGGAGACAUUUCAGGGAAUGUUCCAAGGUCUUCUGAAGAAAAUCCUCGAGCCCGUGAAGGGCGCUCUGGAGGCCACGCAGCUAACGGUGAAAGAUAUUGACCGUGUUAUUCUGGUGGGUGGCAGCUCAAAACUGCCCGCUGUGAAAUCGACCCUGGAAAAGUUUUUCGGUCGCAGCAACGUGGUGUGCGCUGACGCCAACCCCGAUGAAGCCAUCGCGCAUGGCGCCGCCAUUCAAUCGUACCGCCUAAACAACGGUCAGCCCAGCAACUUUCAGGAGGUCACCGCCUAUCCCUAUGGGAUCGAGGUGCUGCAUCGCAACUGGCUGUGGAGAACGACACGCAUAGCCGAACUGAUUCCCCGAGGACAGCCGUACCCGUACAAAACUACGGAAUGCUUCGAGACAGCCUACGAUAACCAGACCGCGGUGACGUUCCAGAUAUACCAGAGUAAGCGGGGAUUCCAUGUGGACAAGUUCAGAAUCGGCCUGUUUACUAUUCCUAACUUGCCGAAGCGGAUGAAAGGAGAAUGCCAGUUUGAGCUGACCUACGACAUCGACAGGAACAAUAUCUUGCACGCUACAACGCAAGGCCGCAACAACAUUGCUGAUUACAAAAAGAAUCUUGAUAUCCAGCUGGACAAUAUAGCAUGA